UCGCACAGACGCUUGCGGCGCGUACAUGAGAAAUUCAGAAUUUGUUUUCAAACAGCAAAAAGAUCCAUAAAGUUGUGCAAAUUUCACUCCGUAGUUAUUAGUGACUUUACUAUACUCGCUAAAUAAAAAGCAGAAUCGAGUUUUUCAGUGCAGGAAGACAGAAAUGGAGAAGAAUCCCAAAAACGAAAGACAUGAGAAAUCUCCGCGCACACGAACAAAGAGUCGAAGUCGUGAGACGAGCAAGGAUUAUCCUCAGCAAUACAGGACUCGUCGAUCUCCUCAACGGCCAAAGCCACGGGAACGUUCUUCCGACGGUUUGGAAACCCAUCCCGAUCAGGAGCGCCGGAAAGCAGAUGGAAGUAAAGCUCAGAGAAGAGACAACAGUCGGGGACGGCACCGCAGGACGCGAUCGAAAUCCGCGUCUUCAAAUUCCUGGGCGACAGACGCAUCUGAUGGAGAGAAGAAGGCAUCUUUUAAAUCGUCACGUAGAAGGAGAGAAUCGCGCAGGAAACGAUCAAGGACGCGAAGUCGGAGCCGAGAUCGUCGACAACGUCGCAGCCGUCGAUCUGCGCGGCGACAAACAAGGACUGCGUCUCCCGUGCCGUACUUCACGGAUCCCGUUCGCGAACGGAUGCGGCUUAAGGAGCAGGCCAGAUGCUGCGACAGAUGCUGCAGUGCGGAACGAGAUGAGAGAAGUCGAUCUCCUGUUCGGACUGAAGUUCGAACGAAAACCAUCGAAGUUCCCAUUCCGUUUUAUCCGCCUCCUUUCGUUCGCGAUGGCAUUUUGUAUGAGUACUACGAUCCUGGCUGGGAGGAGGGCCGACCCCCCUUUCCCCUUGCAUCAAACCCAUCUAACACUGUGCGAGCGCAUAACUAUGAAUUUUUCCCCAGACCAAGAAUGUCUUCUGAUCAGCCUGUGCAGCCUGAAGUGCAGCGACCUUGUUUCCCACCCUUCCCAUCCUCGCAAAGCUUCCGUGCAAAUGCACCGAAGAAACCAUAA